AACAUGAUCUUGUAAGUCCCUAUCUCAAUACUUUAGGGACCAAGUGUUCCCAUGUGCGUGUCCUUAAUUAUACUCCCAAGUUGAAAUACAUGAUUCAUGAGCACCAAAAAGUUGGUAAAAUAAGGCUGCUCAAUACCUCAAGAACCAUCAUCAUGACCUUUUAUUUCCAUCUUUUGUUCCUAGUGCUUUACCCAAACAAGUCACUCACAAAAUUACACACACACUAGGGUUAGGGUUAGUCACCACCAGCAAACACUGACUCAUAUAUGUAUAUAUAAAUAGAGCUAGAGCUAUCCCUAGUGUGAUCAUCAUCUGGCAAUCUGAUUUGCUGGGGUUACAUAUAUUUUGGGUGAAACAAUAAACUGAUUGGAGCCCAAAAUAUACACACAAGUCAAACAUCGAGAAAUUAGAGAUCAAGUUGAUUAGGGUUUGUGUGAUAUCAAGCAUCAUGAAGAAGAGACAGGUAGUGGUGAAAAGUGUGGCCAACACUUCAUCUUCAGUGAUGAGAAACAUAAGAUAUGGUGAGUGCCAGAAGAAUCAUGCAGCGAAUAUUGGAGGGUAUGCUGUUGAUGGUUGCAGGGAAUUCAUGGCUAGUACAGGGGAAGGUGCUGGUGGGGCACUUACAUGUGCGGCUUGUGGCUGCCACAGGAACUUCCACAGAAGGGAAGUGAAUACUGAGGUAGUUUGUGAGUACUCUCCUCCUAAUUCUGGUCGCUAAAGAAAAAAAAGGGAAGAAAAAAAUUGAGUGAGAAGAGUUUGUGUAUUAUCAAAUUAGUUAACUGAUAAUUGAAUUUUUCUUUCCAUAUUUAAUUUCUUUCAUUUGUGUUCUUGUAAGCGUGGAUGGAUUGAUGAUUGAUUAUCAACAGAGAAUUAUUCUUGUAAAAGAAAAUUUUAAUUAAGCUCCAGGUGUUUUGGAAUGUUAUAUGUAUCCAGAUUCCAGGCUUUCUAUAUAUUAUUCUUUUCCCCCUA